AUCUGUGAUCUACUCAUAUUUUAUUAAGUCGUGUCAAAUUUUAGUCAAAUAAUCGAAAAUAGUAUUUUUUAUUUUCAUUUAAUUUAGUUCAAAAUGAUCAUGUCAGCAAUUGGGAAAGCUGAUACUUUGGGCAUUGUGGCAGCAUACGUUGAUAGUAAAUCAGCAUUUAAUAUCACCGAGGAAACUGGUAUUUCUACAAAGGUUUCGUACAUACAUUACAGUAACGUCGGACGUUGGAAACCAUCCCAUUCUUUACCUAACAGAUGGGAGAUAGGUGAUGUGACAGCGAACUUGAUAAGGAGUCUUCAUCACUCGCAGGAAACCGCUCUACCGACACUCGAAGCUCACUCUAUCGGUCCAGACGAUCAACGCGAUUAUGAGCCGUUGCUGCCAUCAAAGGCUUCUUUCACUAGUAGGCCACCACUCGAGCCCUUGUUUCUGGUUCCUGUCCCACCACCGCGUAUAUCUCACGAAACGACCACUACAAUUACUCCAGCCACAGCAGUUACUCCUGCCGCUGCUGCUACUGCUAGUUCCGUUAAUACUGCCACUACUAUCGCCACAAUUGCGGACAAUCUCACCUCGGCCUUCGAAACCAUGGACGCAUCAGGAGAAUACAGGCAUAAAACAAAAAAUGAAACGAAAGAUAAAUCAAUGAUUAGGCUCAACGUUAGUGAGCUUCUUAAAGACGAGACCAGCAAGCCCCAGGUGGUAAAUUAUGGGGCGCAUCGAGCGGCCAGUCCUCCUCGGGUGUGCCGUCCUCGCUAUAGAUGUAACGCAAUGAAACGGGUGAAGUUUACUCACCGCUGGCAUGGAGUGGUCAGUAAGCGGCGGAGGCAGAAAUUAACGAAGUCAUCAGCUAGGUGUAGCACUACAUCGCUUAUGGCUGACUAUCGCUCGGUCGCCACGCAAGCUCACUGCACUCGUAUGAGGAAAGCAGAUAGCAGUCGAAAGUUGAAGCGUAAUUCCGAGACGUGCAAAAGGCGGUACAAGAAGAGUUAUACGAGUGAUGUAGAAGUGCGUGCGUUGCGCGAUUCACAUGUGCGACUUCUCAUGCGACAAGUGCAACAGUUGCGACAUAUCGAGCGAAUAAGUCGUGCGCUUUGCACGAAACAUCGAUCUAAUUAGAUGCAUGUCAAACGAAGACAACCCGUGAAGACAACGAAAACACGUAAUACUAAAAUAAAAUAUUUAUGUUACUG